AUGGCUUCCGUUCGACAGCUCAUCCCUCGUGCCAGUCUGGCCCUGCAUUCUCGCCAACUCCAGCACCGCUUACUGCUCCCAACCAUCCGCAAUGCUACAACUACACGACCGCCGCCUCCGCCGAAACCUCGAGUGCUAGAGAAGCCGGAACGCUUCAACCCGCCAUCUCAUCCGUCUCGUCGAGCAAGACCGCGACAAUACCCCGGGCCCCCGUUGAGCGAGCAUGAACGCCAAGCCCAAAAGACGAAAAAGUACCCGCACAUGAUGCCGCCGGAAGGCAGCUUCAUGUUCUGGUUUCUCACCAACCGCGCCGUGCACGUCUGGAUCACGCUGUCGGUCCUUCUCUCCCUCAUAUUUGCAAUCUGGUUCAGUGAUUUCUACUACACCACGCCCUUUCAAGACCUCUUGCCGCCCAAGAGCAUGUUCUACUCCCACCCUUUCCAGUACCUGGGUCGAUACUGGAGUGUCUAUCAGAUGCACGUCGAUCAUACUUCAGCAGAGGUGGCGGAGAGGAGGAAGCAGAAAGUGGACGAUGUGAAAAAGAGGUCGGACUAUCGGAAAGCGCACGGAAUGGAGGAUGGUGGUCUGUUUGGCUGGACUGCGAAGACGGACGAGGAGGAAUUGGGUCCGGCAUUGCGGGAGGGAGGAGGGUCGGGACCGAACCCUGCCGUGGACAUAGCUAGCCCGACGGCGGUCAUCGACACCAAAGCGGAGGAGCAUGUCUACCUGGACUUUGAGGGAAAGACACAAGUGGCCCGCAAGAAGUGGUUUGGCAUUUGGUAG